AUGCUCCUCGAAUAUGUCAUCACGCAGAACUUCUUACAAAUUAUUGCAGUGCAAAUAAGUCAUGGUGUUACAUCAAAGGCGCGAAUCGGAUCGAAACAGAAUGAAGUUCUGUUUGAUACCUUUGGAAAAUCGAAUAUGUUAGCUAAUGGGCAAAGUAUUGGCAACCAAGACUAUUCUGAUGAAAGAAAGGCUGCAAAUGCGCAUACGCGUCUUUUGAAUCAGAUUAAGACUGCAGCACGACCUUUCCAACGACCUGCUCUAAACUUUCACACUCCCACCGAAAUUCAUGUCCGAGCUGCACUGUAUCAAAUUUUUGACUUAGAUUAUCGAAACAAUAUAGUGACAAUAUCAGGCUAUUUUCAUCUGUGGUGGAUUGAUCCUUCAUUAAGAUGGAAUGCUAGUGAAUUUAAUAAUAUAACAAGAACAUUCAUACCAUCAAAAUGGUUCUGGAAACCUGAGCUGUACUUGUAUCACAGCGCACAAGAUAGAGUUAUGGAUUAUGCGCCAGAUGCAGUAGCAGAAAUUAGUGCCAAUGGUCGUUUGCGUGUUUUCAUUCCCAUUACUGUGCGUACCCUAUGUCCCAUCAAUGUGAAACAUUUCCCCUUCGAUAUACAGAAUUGUACAUUUGCGUGUGGUUCAUGGUCAUAUCAAUAUGAAUAUGUAAGUUUGGUUGUUGAUCAACAAGAAGUAUUCCUCAACGAUUUUUACAACAGUCAAGAGUGGCUACUAGAAAAUGCUACAAUAAGCAAUGGCACAGUAGAAUAUCUUGAACAGGAAUCUUUCUCGACUGUUUAUAUGGUCUUGAUUCUUCGACGAGAAUCGUUUUAUUACGUUUUUAACUUCGUUUUUCCGACUACUUUGGUAAGCAUUGUAGCAGUUAUUGGUUUUCAUGCUCCGAUAAAUGCUACUGGUAGACACGAAAAUAAAUUUCGUUUGGGAAUCAUGACGUUACUAAGUAUGUCUGUCAUGCUUUUGGUGCUGGUUGAUGAAAUGAAAUUUGUAUUGAAAUCAGUUCCUGGUCAGAGAGAAUCAUUCUACAAUGUGCCUUUGCUUGCAGUGUUUCAUAUGGUACAGAUGCUUAUUAUAAGUGUCGCUACUUGCACCAGUUCAGUAUUUGUUUAUUUAGAGAAAUAUGCCUUACGAAACCAAUACAUUGAGGCAAUCCCGUGGUGGUUACGAUUUUUAUCUGCUAAGAGACUGUUUUGCUGUUAUGUGCCGAAAAGAUUUCGAAUAGCAAGCAGUGAAGAGAUCAAGCGAAAUCAAGAUGUUACAACACGUUUUGUCAGUUCAGCUUCUGAUAGCUUCACGUUUCGGGAUAUAAUUCCUGCCGAGGUAAACAUGACGGAAUGUCACCAAGAAACAGCAGUAUCGGAAGCAGUUGCCGAUGCACCACCACCCAUAAAUACGCAACGGAUCGAAUUACUCGUUAAUUUGAUGAGACAAUUUAUACAGCUGAAAGAAGAAGCUCAAAGAAAGCAUUGCUUACCGGCUUACUGGAAAAGGAUUAUCAGAAGGUUGGAGAACAUUUCGCUUACCACUUAUCUUUUCCUUAUCAUUACCAAUGUUGCCAUGUUUAUGUGCCAUGAUCUUUGGUACUGA